UUGGCGGUUUCAGUACUAAGUUGGCUAGGUGAAACCUAAAAUGCCCCCAAAGAAGCGUGAUAAAGAUAGUGAAACAAACAAAAACUCUAAAAUCGAUCACUUACAGGCUGACCAUGAGUUAUUCUUACAAGCUUUCGAAAAACCAACACAAAUAUACAGAUUUUUACGGACGAGAAAUAUGUUAUCGCCUAUUUUCUUAAACAGGACGUUGUCCUACAUGAAGCGUCGAAUGUCAAGAAGUAAUAAAGGUCGCAUCGGUUUUAAAGUUGAUUCUUUACUGGAAAAGAUAACCGUGAAAAAGAGUACUGAGCUGCAGCCCAAUAGCUUAGGAGGUUACAUGACUUUAACGUUUUUGGGAUUUUACGACAAAAGCUUAGACGAUCCCAGAGAUUUCCAAGUUAAAGUAGAAACUUUAUUAUUAAAGAUAUGUCACAAAAAGAGAAAGGAGAGCUCUUCAGCCAUUGUGGAGGUUUCAGUUGGCAGUUGUUCAGUUCCUCUUAACCCUUCAACAUCAGAACCUCCAGCAAUGGCUUCAGCAGUCAGCAUUUCAAGUGAUACCUUCAGUCCCUCCCAGGGACCUAAUGUUAAGUCUUAUAUGCUAAUGCUAAGGGUCACAGUCACUAAAGCAUCUGCAAACACCAAUGGAGCAAGUUCUACAGAAAUUACAAAUGGUGAAAGUGAUGAACCGCUGACAAAACGUCUUAAAUCAUCGACAGACCUAAACUCGCCAAGCAUGGAUAAUAAAUGGAGCAAGCUCUAUGGCAGUGAACUCAUUGUCUAUGACAAACAUAAUCGCUGUCUUCUUACUAAUGGGGAGUAUGACCUAGUAUUACAUGACGUCACUCCCGGUGGUAGGAGUGCCACCAUCGCGAGGUCUCCACAUAAAGCACUAAUGGCUCAGUGGGAAACAAUUCCUAAUGAAAAUGACGUUCAUUCAGAAUCAAACCCAUUCAAUAUAUUCAAAGUGAGACCACUCUUAAAACUAAAACUAAGCUGGAGUCAAGAGCCAACAAAUGGCUUAGUGAACCGACCUAAACUCUAUCAACAAGCCGGAGAAGCUAAUGGUAUAAAGAAAGAACCAUGUUCUACGAAAGAAAAACUUUCUUCACAAAAAUGUUCUAUAAGUGAAAUCAAAAAUGGCGAAAAAUUAAAAACGGAGACAAACGACGGCGACUCAAAACGUCAGCAGAUCAUCUAUCAGUUCCUAUACAACAAUAACUCAAGGCAGCAGACGGAGGCAUGUGACGACUUACACUGUCCGUGGUGUUCACUAGAUUGUGGCACUCUCUACUCAUUGCUCAAACAUCUGAAACUGUGUCACUCGCGAUUUAAUUUUACGUAUUUCCCGAUCCCGGGCGGCGCGCGCAUCGACGUGUCCAUCAACGAGCUGUACGACGGCUCGUACACGGGCAGCCCGCACGACCUGGUGGCGGCGGGCGGGCGCGCGGCGGGCGGGCCCCGCGCCGGCCCCACGCGGCGCGCGUGCCUCACGCACCUGCUGGUGUGGCGCCCGCGCGCGCGCCGCCGCGCCACGCGCCUCAGCCUCGCCGAGUUCCUGGAGCUGGACGACGCCGACGCGGCCGACGCGCAGCGCCCCUACCUCACGGGCCACAACCGAUUAUACCAUCACACGAUCACCUGUCUUCCAGUCUACCCGAAUGAACUAGACAUCGACUCGGAGAGUGAAACUGACCCGCUGUGGCUUCAACAGAAGACCAUGAUGAUGAUCGACGAGUUCACGGACGUUAACGAGGGUGAAAAGGAGUUAAUGAAGAUGUGGAAUUUGCACGUAAUGAAGUACAAUUACGUCGGAGACUGUCAGAUACCGCUAGCUUGCCAAAUGUUCUUGCAAAUGAAAGGGAAAGAACUACUCGAAAAGAAUCUGUACAGAAACUUCAUACUCCACAUGUGCUCAUUGCACGACUUCGGACUGCUCAGUCCGGUCGCGCUCUACCAAACUGUGCAAAUGCUCAACCAAAUGUUAGCGGAUAAUGCCGAGGCCAAAGAAAAGAUGCGCGAUUCCCUAAAAGCGCAGAGAGAACAUUGGAACGCCGUGGGAAAGUACCAACAACCUGUGAUCAUAGAACAAAAACCUCCGACCACAUCCGUGAAGUUAAACAACGUCGAAGCCUCCCCAUCGGUCAGACGAAAAACCUCGAACCUCCAGAACGCCAAUAGAAUGGCGAGCACUAGUUCUAAUUUUACCAAAUCGGCCAGUCCCGGGCCGAGCAACGGCGACAGUAAGCGGAAAAUGUCAUCCGGCAGUAUACAGAGUCGCAAACGGUCGUCGAUAUCGGAGAGAAAGAGCUCCGUAUAGCGAAUGUUCAGUAUUUUAUCGGAUCAAGAACUGGUCUCCGUAUUCGAGGCUUUUAGUACAACCUGGAAGUGAUAUUAUUUUCAGGAAUUUCGGACACCUAUUCUGUUCAGAGACCAAUCGUUAUUUAGUCUCGCAGUUCAAUAUUGUUUUAUCAUUGGCGCCAUAUCAAUUUAGGUUUAAAACGAACCUGUUAUUGUCAUUAAUUGACUAGUUAUUCUUUGGGUACUGCCGUUAAUUAUAAGUUUUAGAUACCAGUCCAUUAAAUGGAUGUCAAUAUAUAAGUUUAAAUUAUGACAUAUUAUUUUGCCGAUCUUGGAUCUCCUCUCUUAAAAGCUAUGUAUUAUUUUGUUAUUUACAACAAAUACUAGACACUUCUAUGAUACAUAAUAUAGAAUACUGUAAUAAUUUCUAAUCAAUAGACUGAUGGAAAAUAAAGACUACAAAUUGCGCUCCCAGUGUUAUAAGGACAUACAUAAAUAAACGUAACGAAUUGAUUGCAAUAAUAUACAAAAUAAGGUAACUUAAUGCGUUGCAAAUCUUCCGGAAUUAACGAUAAACUGUUGCUGUGGUACCAAUUUUUAUUAACAUAGUCAUUAGGAAAAUCUCAGAAUAGCAAUAAACAGUUGAACUUUUCAAUGAAGUAAAAUAUAGAUUAAAAAGGGUCUUAUUAGAUAGUAAAUUAUUAAUGAAGCGUCUCGUGUCGCUAGCCGUUGUUCAAAUACUGGAUUCGAAGCACUUCCAAGAAACAUUAAAGACUGCAAUGCAAUAUUGCCUUAUAUUUUUCUCAAUCAUGGUCUCGGGUGAAUGUAAUGUGAUUGU